GGAAUCCUCUAGAAGUGUUCUCUCUUGAUUGACAAAGCUGCUGUCUCGCGGCUAACUUCAGGUAGUCUGUUCCUAGAGGACCAAUGCCAGUUCGACGGUCGGUCGGGGUGUCUCUCCUGCUCCUUAGCGAGAAGUGAAGCCACCUCUCCUCCGGCAUGCAGCACAGGUCGAAGGGCCAAGGCCCAUGGACCCCGAGGCUUGGAGGACUGAGGCCUUUCAAGUGAGCCCCAGUGUUCUGACCCUAAGGCCCAAGCUGCUCCGGUGCCCAUUCAGGGUCAGGAUGGAAAAAUCUACGUGGGAACGAGAGACCAGGAUAACCGGCCCAGACCCCUUGCGGGUGAAAUCCCAACCUCGACGCGUUGGACCUACCAACCAGAUAUCUCACUGCUGACCCACUCUGGAAUCCGGAUUGGCGGCGGCGAGGCGGGGUGGGAGGGAUGGUGAGGGAACUGGGUUGGGACAGGAUGGAGGUGGAGAUGGAAAGAGGGAAGAAAAAGAAACAAGACUGAGUGGGGAUGUGGAGAUGGAUGAGGAUGCGCCGGAGGUGGAGUUGGGGCUGCCUCUGAGCGCGCUUGUCACCCUGCUAUGGAGAGAUGCAUCUGGCUGCUGGUCCCCCCCCCCCUGAAAAUCAAGCUAAUGAUGUAGUAAUUUAGGAGGAGCUUCCCUUACCUUUCCGCAGGUCAGUCCAUGGUAUUCCGCUCCCCCCUAGACCUCUAUUCCUCCCACUUCUUGUUGCCAAACUUCGCCGAUUCUCACCACUGCUCCCUACUUCUGGCGAGCGGCGGCGGCGGGAGCGGCGCGGGAGGCGGCGGCGGGAACCGCGCGGGAGGCGGCGGCGGCGGCGGCGGCUCCAGGGCCCCCCCGGAAGAGUUGUCCAUGUUCCAGCUGCCCACCCUCAACUUCUCGCCGGAGCAGGUGGCCAGCGUCUGUGAGACGCUGGAGGAGACGGGCGACAUCGAGCGGCUGGGCCGCUUCCUCUGGUCGCUGCCCGUGGCCCCCGGGGCGUGCGAGGCCAUCAACAAGCACGAGUCGAUCCUGCGUGCGCGCGCCGUGGUCGCUUUCCACACGGGCAACUUCCGCGACCUGUACCACAUCCUGGAGAACCACAAGUUCACCAAGGAAUCGCACGGCAAGCUGCAGGCUAUGUGGCUCGAGGCGCACUACCAGGAGGCCGAGAAGCUGCGCGGCCGCCCACUCGGCCCGGUGGACAAGUACCGCGUGCGCAAGAAGUUCCCGCUGCCGCGCACCAUCUGGGACGGCGAGCAGAAGACGCAUUGCUUCAAGGAGCGGACUCGGAGCCUGCUGCGGGAGUGGUACCUGCAGGACCCCUACCCCAACCCCAGCAAGAAACGUGAACUGGCGCAGGCCACCGGCCUCACUCCCACACAAGUAGGCAACUGGUUUAAGAACCGGCGGCAGCGCGACCGCGCCGCAGCGGCCAAGAACAGGCUCCAGCAUCAGGCCAUCGGACCAAGCGGCAUGCGCUCGCUGGCCGAGCCCGGCUGCCCCACGCACGGCUCGGCCGAGUCGCCGUCCACGGCGGCCAGCCCGACCACCAGCGUGUCCAGCCUGACGGAGCGCGCGGACACCGGCACCUCGAUCCUCUCGGUAACCUCCAGCGACUCGGAAUGUGAUGUAUGAUAGCCAAGGCCGCCCUCUUUCCCCUUCUUGCCCUCUCCCCCUCCUCCUUCCCCUCCUCCUAGCCCUCCUUCUCGACCUCCUCUUCCUCCUCCAGCCCCAGAACAAACCGAAAUCAGGAUACACAGCCACACACACACACACACACACACGUCCACACACACACACAGUCACUCCAGCCAGAAAUAUUUAAAAAGCAAGAAAAAUAACAAAUUAACCGCAAACCACCGACAACCCCCUACCACCAUCUACUACCACGGCCGUCCCAAAGGACCGCGCUCCGACAGUAAUGAGUGCUGAUACUGCGGGCAGAAAACACAAGAGAGGUGACAAUUGUAUACUUUCUAGGACAAGCACGGCUUCUCCUUUUGGUUCCCAUGGACCUGGCACCCCACCUGCAUGACGAUUUAUUUGUAUCUGGGAAAAUAUUCUCUCUAGUUUAAAUGAUUUAAAAGAGUCGACUAUACAAAAACCACCACCACCACAAGACGACGAAAGGAAACCAGACAAAAAGAAAAAAAAAAUCGGCCAUCUCUGUUCUGAAUUUGUUUUUAAAAAAGAAAAAAAGAGAACUCUUCGAGAGAGAAAUAGCAAAUGUUUCUCACCUUUUGUUGCUCUCUCUCCUUUUUCUUCUCUCGCUCUCUUUCUUUCUCUUCUCUCUGUUUUUAAGUCCAAGUAUUGGUCAAACAAGAUGCAAUCUACUGUUUUUUGUUCAGCAGACAAUCAUUUUCUUCGUAAGCACCUUUUCCUCUCCACUCUGUCACUGCCUGUGUGGGUACUGGUUAUAAAUGUGGAAAAAGAAUAGUUAUGACUGUAACAGAUUUUUAUUUUUAUUUCAAAAUUUUAUAUGAAUUAUGUAUAUCUUAAUGAUCGGUCAUUUUCCCAGUUUGUAAUAUAUGUGUAGAAAUUGCCUGUAUAUGAUAUUGCUUUUUCUCCUCUCCCUUUCUGUUUCUUUCUCUUUUCUCCCUACUCCUUCCUCCCUUCCCCUUCACCUGUAUCUUUCUUUUUUGGGGUUUCCCCUCCCACUCGGCGGUCCCGGCGUCGACUUGGCAGUCAAGGCUUGGCGUGGCGGCCUGGGUUAGGAAGAGGGACCCUGUCGCUAGUGAAAGCGGAGAGUGAGACUAAGACCGUAGUAUUCUUAUGCAAAAGCUAUUUCAAGUAUUUCUUAGCUGCUUUGGAGGUAUCUCUCACUCCCCGUAGGGCGCUUUAACUGUUAUCUUAACCGCGUGUUUAUCUAUAUGUAAAAACUUUCUAAAGCAAAUACAGUAUUCUCCAUUUUCUUA